AUGCCCCAGUUACUGCGGAAUAUUAAUGAGAUCAUCGAGGCCUUUGGGCGCUAUGCCAAUGUGGAGGGCAACUGCCAAGUGCUCACCCGAGGGGAGCUGAAAAGACUUGUGGAGCAUGAGUUUGCAGAUGUCAUUGUGAAACCCCAUGACCCUGCCACUGUGGAUGAAGUCCUUCGCCUGCUGGAUGAAGAUGACACAGGGACUGUGGACUUCAAGGAAUUCCUGGUCUUGGUGUUUAAAGUUGCACAGGCCUGUUUCAAGACACUGAGCAAGGGAGCUUGUGGAUCUCAAGAGUCUGGAAGCCAGGAGACUGGAGCCUCACAAGAGCUGGGAGGACAGACAAAUGCCACUAAAGCCGGGACAGUCGGGAAAGGACAGAGUGAGCAGACUUCCAGAGAGCAGGGUAGCACCAAGACUCAGACCCAGAGUCAGGCCAGUGGGCAUGUGGGGCAGACUCAGAGCGUGGAGGAUAAGAAUCAGCAGAUCAGGGAGAGUAAGUCAGAGAGUCAAUCAAAGGCUAAGGAGCAGGACAGAGCUUCCCAGGGAGGUGAGACUAAAACUGGAACUGCAACUCAGACCCAAGCAGGUGCCACUAAGACCAUGGAGAAGGGCAGGAGCCAACAGACAGAAAGCACCAGCACACAGCCACAAAAGUCCCCCUAUGGGCAGACCGCAAAACAUGAGAUUCAAGGUCAAGAUAACAGAAAGACCACACAGGCUGUGACAGGAGGACAAGCUCAGACUCAGACAGGAUCCUACACCAAGACUGUGGAGCAGGGCACCAGCUAUCAGAAAGGAAGUACCAGCAUCCAGACACACAAGUCCUCUGAUGGCCAAACCAAAGGGCCUGAGACCCACAGUCAAGACAAAAGCCAAAGUAGCCAGACUACACAGGCUGUGACAGGAGGACAAGCUCAGGCUCAGACAGGGUCCUACACCAAGACUGUGGAGCAGGGCACCAGCCAUCAGAAAGGAAGUACCAGCACCCAGACACACGAGUCCUCUGAUUCCCAGAUCAGAGGGUCUGAGACCCACGGUCAAGGCAAAAGCCAGACCAGCCAGUCUACACAGGCUGUGACAGGAGGACAAGCUCAGGCUCAGACAGGGUCCUACACCAAGACUGUGGAGCAGGGCACCAGCCAUCAGAAAGGAAGUACCAACAUCCAGACACAUAAGUCCUCUGAUGGCCAAACCAAAGGGCCUGAGGCCCACAGUCAAGACAAAAGCCAAAGUAGCCAGACCACACAGGCUGUGUCAGGAGGAAAAGCUCAGACACAAACAGGAUCCCAGACCCAGAUUGUGGACCAAGGCAGACACCAAAGUGAAAGUCACACGGAAGCGGGCACACAGGGAGGACAGACUCAGACACAGUCUGGCAGUGGCCAAAAGUGGACACAUGUGAGCAACUAUGAGGCAGGAGGGUCAGUGCAAGGAGCACAGGCCCAGACUGGGACAGGCACUGUGACUGGAAGACAGGAGUGGAGCAGCACUCACUCCAGGUACAGCAUGACCGGAGGGCAGGGUGAGAGAGAGUCCACAAGGAUCACCAGCGAAUGGGUUGAUGACAAUUCGAGCAAGCCAGUGAUUCAGUGGCAGGACCAGGACAGCAGUACUCCUUCGGCACAGGCCCAAGAGGCUGCCCAGUCAGAAAGGAAUCCAGGCAUGACAGGAGGACAGGGAGAGAGAGAGUCCACAAGGAUCACCAGCAAGUGGGUUGACGAUGAUACGAGUAAGCCAGUGAUUCAGUGGCAGGACCAGGACAGCAAGGACACCAACACUCCUUCGGCACAGGCCCAGGAUACUGCCCAGCCAGAAAAGAAACCAGGCUUCUCGGCCAAGGGGCUGUAUUCCUACUUCAAAGGCAGCAAGCCAUAACUCCACCUGGCCCCUGUGUCUGGACCAAAAGACAGCUGGAGAGAAGGGUUGAUGUGCCCUAUCCCCAGACAUCAAUCAGCUCCUAGUCAUACUGCAUCCCUCCCUCCCAAGGGAGUUCUUGAUUAUAACAUUUCUGCAAAGUGCUUUCUAUCCUAAACUCCCUUACCUGCUUUGCUGUACAGACUCUUCCAGGAACAGGAUGGCAGGAAA